UAUUCAUUUCCUGCUUUUCAGGUGUUCCUUGACCCUUUUUCCAGAGUAGCUGGGCAAACAAAUUCCAAGGCUGUUCUCCUGCAGGCUGCCAAGUCACGCUUUCACUUUCAAAACCGACUUCACCAAAUGGGGAUUCUGAUGGGCAUAACUGACUGGGUGAAGGAUUUCAACAUGAAGCUGAGCCCACCAAAGGCUCCAUUUAUGAAUUUCCAGAUAUUGAAGCCCAAAGUCAAUGACACUGCUUCCGUGAGCAGUUUGUCUUACACUGGUGACCUAGAGGAAGAUGAAGAUGAACCCGACUCUGAAGAAUUCGGGGAAGCAGACUUUGAGUCAGAAUCGGAGAAUGUAUCUUCUGAUGAAAGCUCAGAUGAAGAGAUAAAAUUCACAUUGGUAGAUGAAAUAGAUAAAGAAACUUCCUCUAACGAAGAUGAUGGAUCUCACCUGGACAGCAGUGAUGCCAAAAAGUGUCUUGCUGAUGAAAAAGAGAUGGCAUGCAGAGCAGUCAUUGCUGACAUCAGAAAAAAUGAGUUUGGUAUAGGAGUUGAAUUGAAUGAUGAAGGUAAAAAGCUGAUGGAAGUGAGUCAAAAUCGACUUGGCCGAAGUCUGGAGAGGUUGUCAAAGGAGCUGUAUAGCAAGGACACCCACUUUGUGUUGGAGCUUAUUCAGAAUGCUGAUGACAAUAUGUACCCUGAGGACAGCAGUGUGCAUCCAAGUUUGCUGUUUGUGGUUGAAAAAGGCUGUAUCUCUGUUUUGAACAAUGAGUGUGGGUUUGAAGAGAAUAACAUCCGUGCUAUCUGUGAUGUUGGACGAAGUACCAAGGGAAAGCACAAAUAUGGCUACAUAGGUCAGAAAGGAAUUGGCUUUAAGUCUGUUUUUAAAGUGACUGACUGCCCUGAAAUUCACUCUAAUGGUUUCCACAUCUGCUUCGACAAGACAAGUGGUCCAAUGGGUUAUAUUCUGCCCCACUGGCUUGUGAAUGACAAAUCCCUUACAAUGGAGAUACCUGAGCUACAGUUGAACAGCUGGACGACAAAAAUAGUUCUGCCACUGCGCUUGGAAAACCAGAAUAUGCAGAAUUUGUUUCAUGAUGUUCACCCAUCCUUGCUUCUGUUUCUACAUCGUUUGCGCUCUCUUUCAAUUGUCAAUCAGAUUGAGAAUCGAAUUAUGUCAAUCACACGGAAGGAUUUGGACCACAACGUGCUUGAGAUUCAGCACAGUGAUGGCUAUGAACGUUGGCUGGUAGUGAAAAGAAUGCUGUCUGCAAAUAAGAUAAAAAGCAACGUGGAUUGUACAGAAGUUGCUCUUGCCUUUAAAAUGAACAACACAGAUGAAGCUUAUGGGCUGAGGGUACAGCCAGAGAAACAACCAGUAUUUGCUUUUCUACCUCUGAGAAACUUUGGCUUCCGCUUCAUUAUUCAAGGUGAUUUUGACAUUCCAUCAUCUCGUGAAGAUGUUGAUCGUGACAGCUCCUGGAACCAGUGGCUCCGCUCUGAAAUACCACAGCUAUUUCUUCAUGCAAUGGAUGUCUUUGUAAACCAUCCAGCAUUCAAAGACCUCCAAGGACUUUGUGAAUUUUUGAAAUUUAUUCCACUUCCUGAUGAAAUUUUUGAUUUCUUCAAGCCAGUUGCAGGUCAAAUCAUUCAACUUCUCAAAGGAAAACCCUUUUUACCCACAAAAGAAGAUGAUGAUGGCCAAAUUGAAUACAAAUUGCCCUCCCAAAUUGCUGUGUCGUCAGACUUUCUAAUUCAGGAAGUUAUUAGCUCAGAGAUUCUUCACAAACACCUUAAUCUUUCAUAUCUGAAUCCUGCUGUACAGGCGAGCUUACCUGCAGCUCUCAUGUCAGUACUUGGAGUGCACAGACUUACAGGUUCUGAUAUUGCUGCUGUCACGGCUGCUGUAUCCAAGGAGUUAAUCAAAGAUGGUGACAAGUACAGUGAGGAGUGUUUGGUAAAAAUUGCUAAACUGAUGGUCUGUAACUUCCGCACACUGGAGCAUGAUUAUAGUGCAGCAGAUGGCAUACUUCAAGAGUUACGGUCUAUUCCCAUGAUCCCUCUAGUGAAUGGGUGCAUGGUGGCACUAAAUGAGCAGGGAGUGUUCUUUCCUCUUGGAAAUUCACAGAAGGAGCAUACAGGCCUGAAAGGACUUUUCAAAGACCUUAAUAUUGUCAAUCCUAAACUUCUUACAUGUCUUGACUCUCUGAGUAACUCCCAGGUGAAGGAGCUUCUGAAGAGGUUAGAAGUUCAUGACCUGGAACCAGACAAGGUCCUUCUAGAACACAUUAUUCCUAAUUUAAAGACUGGACUUUGGAAGAUGAAACCUGAAGACACUGUAAUCAGUUAUGUACGUUUUAUAAAGGAGCAUGCUGACAUCCAGGACCUGGUAAAAUGGAAGGCAUAUAUACCAGUCAAUACCAACAAAGGCUUUGUACGUCCAUAUGAGACGAAUGUUCAGUUUUCACAAGAAUAUGGAAAUUUUGAUUUACCAUCAAAGCUCCCAGGAGUAGAAUGGGUGCUGUUACACUCUUGCUAUUUGGAGACUGACUCAGAUGUUCAAAGCUGGAGAGACUUUUUUAAUGCAUUGGGGGUACAGGACCUAUUUAUCUUCAGGAAGGUGAAGCAGUGUUUCAGCAAAAAGGAACUGGAAUCUAGCUCAUGGGCCUCCGAACAUAAACUUUGGUCAGCAACACUUGAAGGUACCUACACUGUUGAAGAUUAUGAAUGUGUUGAAUUUAAAACCCUCAUGACAGUUGACCAUCUCUCAGAGGAAGUGAAGUUUGACCAGAGAUGUGAACUUUUGAGAUUGCUCAAUGAUAACUGGAACACAGGGGCCAGGUUUUCCCAGUACCUUAAAGCCCAUGUGUUGGAUUCCCAAGGACAGAAGAUAAAUGAGACCAGAUCAUCAUUUGUUUUUCACUUGAUGACAAUGCCAUGGAUUCCAGUUCGUACCACAGCUCAUGGCAGUUCACAUGCAGACAAAGUGGAGUUUUUGAAUCCUAAUAAAGUGUACUUGCAAUCGGAAGAGCUUUAUAAACUUUUGGGAGCACAUGUUAAAUACAUUCCUAUUUACCUGAAUCCAAGUGACUUUGCGGUUUCUAUAGGUAUCAAGAUUAAUGUUACUGUUGAAGAAAUGCUCAUACUUUUUAAGUCAUGGUGCACCAGUUCAGUGGCAGCCAGCUCCCGGGAGUCAGAAGGCGGGUAUUUCACUACUACCACUGAGCACAUUCAUUUCAUCUACAAGUAUCUUUAUCAGAACUGUAACCACUUUCAACUGAAAGAGCUUUUUCAUCAAACUCCAGCAGUGUUUGUUGAAUAUGAAAGGAGAGAAGACUCCUGCUCUGGAAAAUUUUACUAUAUGAAGGAAGUGUGCUGGUCUGAUCCGACAGGAAUGUUUCAGAAAUACAGAGAUCUGAUCAGAGGAUCUGAAGGAGCAGUGCAAGAGCCGCGUGUUUUGGCUCCAUUUUAUAAUCAGAACAGUGAUUUAAAAGAUUUAUUUCUUAAGGCACUAAAUAUUGAUAAAAUCCCUUCUAUGAAGCAAUAUGUUGAUCUCCUUGAAGUCAUUUGUGCUGAAUGGCCUUUGCCCCCCAAAGAACUCCUUCAGGAUGUUUCCGCCAUCUACGCAAUUUUGGCCAAAAAGUGCAAAAUCCAUGUUGAUAAUGAUGGUGAGACUCAGGUUGACGUAAACUAUCGUCAGUCUCUAAGAGAAAUGCUGAAAGAUAAGAAUGUUUUCCCCACCAAAGGAAAUUGCUGGGUUUCACUAGCACGACAGCCUUUGAUUCCUGACAAGAAGGACCUGGAAUGGAUUUUUAAACAGAGCGGCCAAGUGUGCCUGCUUAAUCUGCCACCCGCUGAUUUGAAGUAUUCCGUCAAAGCCAAGAGCGCCUUGAAACAAGGGAAGCAGGUGUUGAAGGAAAAUCAAUUCACUUUUGAGGAGAAGGACAGAGCCCUUUUCUUGGACAUUUGUGACGUGAAAAAGCUUUCCCAAUGCAUCAUAAUGCAAGCCCAGACAGAAAACUACAGGCCGUGCCCUGCGAUGCAACACCUUGUCCGCCAACUUGUUCCAUACAUCCAAAAAUUUUUAUACAAUCAUGCAGCUGUCUACCAAGAAUUAGAAGAGAGAAACAUCUCAGAAGCCAUCAAGUCACUUUCUUUUGGACAGGUUGGCAAACUUUACAUCUUGUAUGAGCUGAGGCUAUCCAAUAUGGAACCUUUGAUUGAGAAGGAAGAUGUGAUCUGCCUUUUGAAAGAUAACAAGGAGCUGUAUAUUCAGAAAGAUCAUCUUAAUGCACGCUUACAGAUCUGCAGGGAACUGGUGAAGAUGUUUAGCUCAGAAGAUAAAGAUUGUGAAAAGGAGCUGGAAUCAUUCCUACAGAUGCUGAUGUCUUACCUGGAUGACCAAGCUGCUUUGAAGCGUUUUUUGUGCAAAGAGGACAUUAAGGAGCUUCCAGAGACUGUAGAAAAAUGGGAGGUGCCAGAGCCCAAAGAGAUGAUGCCUGAGCCCAAAGUGCAUCACCAUGAUGAACAAAUGCUUCACUGUUUUGCUACGGAGAAUGUGAUGGAUAACACUGAAGCAGGGGAGAAGGGUCUCACGUCCUGGCCACCCAAGUCGUCAUUUCAUGGUGUACCAAGUGCUGUGGCAUCAGGAGAAUCGGUCAACUCUGUGUUGAAGAUGUGGCCUCCCCCUGCUGAACCUUCUUCUGUCAGUGUAUCAAAACUUCACCACCCCGCGCAUGAAGGCAGCAGAACUACUUUUGAUGAGACAAGACCACCAAGUCCCCCAUUGUUUGCUGCAACUCACAGUGGACUGCCUCUCCUUCGACAGCAUUCAGGCGAAAACUCCGGCAGCCUGUCUUCACUUUCAAAGCCAGAUAAUCCCAAUCUGAAGGAUAAUCCCACUGAUCCACUCCCAGAAGGUCAGAGGCAUAUACAAACCUUACCAGAUAACAGUAUCACCUUGACAUCAGAAGCUUCCAAAGUCAACUUCAAGCCUGCCUCGUCAGACCUUUACCCCUGUCUGUUCCAAGGGGGGGCAGAUAUCCAGCGACCACCCAUUCCUCUGGAUAAACCUAUUUGGGCACAAAGGCAGCCCCCUGAAGCUGUUUUGGAAGACCUUCCCAUUGAUUCUAGUGUCUGUUUGCCAAAAGCAGCCAUCUUUUCCGAGGAUACCGAAAGUAGCCAUGCUAUUGGCCGAUGGGGUGAGACACUAGUUUACGCCUUCUUAACAAACUGGAAAGAAAAUGGAACUAACUACAAGCCACUGGAGAUUGUGUGGAACAACAUGACUAGUGAAAGUGGACAACCCUAUGAUUUCAAAGUCACUUUCACCCCUAAAUCCGGCCAAGGUCUUACUGAGGUUUUUAUUGAAGUCAAGGCCACAAUGAAGUCGGAGAAACAUUUUAUACACAUCUCAGCAAAUGAAUUGGAUCUGGCACUAAAACAGAAGGAAAAUUACCACAUAUACAGAGUAUAUAAUGCUGGCGACUCGCACAACGUCAGACUCUGUCGUAUCAGGAACCUUGCUCAGUGUCUACAUUCGAAACAGCUGGAGCUCUUUCUCUUUGUAUAAAAUAGUCCGCCAUCAGCAACCUGUGUUACAUGCAGGAAAAGCUUUUGAAAAUAUUUGUACAUUUUGGUUUUAAUAAUUUACCAUUUUUAGGAACAAUUUUAUGUGUCAUAUUUUAAUCAGACAGUAGGAUGUAUUUUGUAACAAAAAUGCAGGCUAGAGGUCUCUAUGCAAUUCAAUUUUAGUGUAUAUCUAGACAAAGCUGAGUAGGACAGAUUAAAUGUUUUUUUUUACAUUACAUGAUAAGCACGGAGGAUAUUUCCUUUGUCAUUUGUUUGCAUGCCUCAUUUUAUACAAAUGUGCUCUAACAAUGUGAUGUCACAACGGUCCUUCCAUCUAUCCAUUAUAAUAAAAGCUUAAUUUGGCAGGGGCUAUUGUGAGUCGGCCUUAGGCUGGAUCUUAGCUUGGAAGGUACAUCAUGUUAUACUGUUAUUGAAAGCAACUGAGCACAAUGAUGGAUCACUCACUUGUCUUUUUACAAUUUUUAAGAAAACUCUUGUUUCAAGGGCAUACGUUUUUGUAUUAACUGGAUGGCAUUUUGCAAAUUAAAGGCUGCUGGAGAGCAUGGGCUUUUUGCCUCUGCCACAGCCAUCUUUACAA